AUGGGUCAACAACAGUCAAAGGGCAGCGAUGGUACUAGAACACCGUUGAAGAGCGGCUCCUCCUCCAAUCUCCCCGAUACUUUACAGCAAUAUCCCUCCAUCUCCAAGUCCGACACCAAGGAAAGCACUUCCAGGUCUAUCCGGUCCUCCAUACGAAGCAAGAUAAAGAGCUCGGGAGAUGACAAGACCAAUGAUAGUCCUAGGGGAUCAGCUUCGGCCCUCGCGGGCGUAGACGGACCUAACAACGAUAAAGGCGACGCUAGUUCGAUUGCGAGUGGUCGCUCAGGCUCCUCACGGGCCCCUCGUGAAAAGGUCACGCAGGGGUCGUUGGUCGAGUCGCCCACGCCGCCAGCGGAUGAUGAAGACGCACCAUCACCGGGCGCCAACACGCCAGCCAGACCGCCAUCACCAACUCAAUCCAAGUCCUUGAACAAGGGCCACAAAUCGGUAGACCGUGCUCAGCGUACUGGCGAGGUGGGAGCGGUGUCGGAAGACGCACCUCAUCAGGCGCAUGUGCAUUCGUCGACGCAGAAAGCCGGAGACUCAAUCCUGGUCAAGCGGGAGAAUCAAAUUAAUCCACGAGCUCCGGAGACCAAGGCUUCCCUAAGGGCCAAGUUGGCCGAACUACCUGGCGCAUCUCCAGGCGGUGGCAUGGGCAUGGGAGACGUGAAUGACAUGGAUCUGGACGACAUGAUCUCUAGGCUUCUCGAUGCCGGCUAUACCACCAAGGUAACCAAGGCAGUGUGCCUUAAGAACGCUGAAAUCACGGCCAUUUGCAGUGCUGUCAGGGAAGUGCUAUUAUCUCAGCCGGCCCUUCUGGAGCUGACUGCGCCGGUCAAGAUUGUCGGAGACAUCCAUGGGCAGUACAACGAUCUGAUUCGUCUGUUCGAAAUGUGUGGCUUUCCUCCCAAUGCCAAUUUUCUCUUCCUUGGCGACUAUGUCGACCGCGGAAAGCAAUCGCUCGAAACCAUUCUCCUGCUGUUCUGCUACAAGUUGAAGUACCCGGAGAAUUUCUUCAUCCUUCGGGGCAAUCAUGAAUGUGCCAAUGUCACGCGUGUCUACGGCUUUUACGACGAAUGCAAGCGGAGAUGCAACAUCAAGGUGUGGAAAACAUUCAUUGACACCUUCAACUGUUUGCCGAUUGCGGCUAUUGUGGCAGAUAAGAUCUUCUGCGUCCAUGGUGGAUUGUCCCCGUCGCUCUCCCAUAUGGACGACAUCCGACAAAUCGCCCGCCCUACAGAUGUCCCCGAUUAUGGACUGCUCAACGAUCUCCUCUGGAGCGAUCCGGCGGACAUGGAUCAAGACUGGGAAUCAAAUGAACGGGGAGUGAGCUAUUGCUUUGGGAAAAAGGUUAUUGUCGACUUCCUCUCGCGGCACGACUUCGACCUGGUUUGUCGAGCCCACAUGGUUGUUGAAGACGGAUAUGAGUUCUUCAAUGAUCGGUUACUCGUCACCGUCUUCUCCGCCCCGAAUUAUUGUGGUGAAUUCGAUAAUUGGGGUGCCGUCAUGUCGGUGUCAAGCAACUUGCUGUGCAGUUUCGAACUGCUGAAACCGCUGGAUUCAAGUGCACUCAAAAACCACAUCAAGAGGGGCAGAAAUGCUCGUCAAAACAUGCUCAACAGUCCGCCAGCACAAGUGUCCGCCCAGAGCUUUUAG